GUCAAGGUUUGUCAUCAAACAAAAUAUCAUAUUGCAGGAUUACUUAGCAAGCUCAUUAUUUAACCUGCAGUUUGAGCAGGACGGUUCACAAGACGAUAGGAGCAUGCAUGCUGUCUCUUGGCCAGCGGAGGAUAGCGGUAUCUGCAUGCGCUCACAUGCUAUGCUUGCGCUCAUUUGCUACGAGUGCGACGAGCUCGUCUAACGCUGGAAAUGCUAUCACGAGGCAGAUAUCUGAGAUUUCUCAGGACGUCGAAGAUGCAUCAAAGGCUGCGUCGCCUCAAUUGACAUCUUCCUCAUGCCAUGGUGCGCAAAACACUCCUGGUACCAUCGCGGGCUUUGUGAUCCCCGAAGAACCCAUACCACCUUCAGAUGAAGAAUGUUGCAUGUCAGGAUGUGCAAUCUGUGUCUAUGACCUUUACGAAGAAUCUCUAGAGACUUACAAGGAGUCGAUUGUGGCCUUGCGCUCGUCACUUUCUGCUCUUUCAAUACCAAAUUCCGAGUGGCCAGAUCGCGUUAGAGCCAAUACACCAGCCGCAGAAAAGAGGCACGAGGUCAUCUUCAACGCGUUCGAAGAAAUGGAGCGUCAGUUGAAGGAGAAGAAGGAACGGAGAGCUGCAGUUGAAGUAGAGAGUUAGUUUGUGGCCACUAGCUGGGGCUAGCCAAUACUAACAUUCGGCUUCCGAUAGAAAGGACUGAGGGGAGAAUUACUCUCGGAUGAUACAGAGAGGUCUCCUAUAAACAUUCAGAUGUUGUACGAAGGCAUUAGAUGGUUAUUAUUCCCGAAACGUUGACUAGUACCAUGGCUAGUAGGGGCUCAGAGCUCAUAUGUUCGAUGUCUGAUUCCGACAAUAAUAUUCAUUUGCACUGUACAAUUUGAAA